AUGCCUUCUUUUUCAGUUUCAACUCUUGUGUAUCUUCUUUCGGCGUCUGGUCACGCCGCGUACAUUGCAAAACGCGAGGUCAAUGUCGGAGCAAAUCUUCCAAAUGGAUGGACUUACAAAGGCUGCUACACCGAUGGACCUAGCCGUCAACUGGCUCGAGCCAACUACGCGGAUCCUUCCAUGACAGAAGAAUCUUGCGUCAAUUUCUGUCAAGACCAUGGUUUUCCUGUGGCUGGUGUUGAGUAUUCUUCAGAAGCAUGUUGUUGGUGCGACUACAAGAUCCCCGCCGAACGGAAGCCUGAGACGGACUGCAACAUGGUCUGCAGCGGCGAUUCGACAGAGUACUGCGGCGCAGGCAAUAGGUUGACCGUCUUUUCCAAUGGAGGUACUAGCCCUGCUGUCAAUCCUGGCCCUUCAGGCUGGACAUUUCUCGGUUGCUACACGGAUGGUGGCACCCGAACGCUCUCAUAUCGAGCAAGUAUAUCAGGAGGCGGCUCUGCCAUGUCCGUUCUGCAAUGUACCACUGCAUGCACGGCUGCUGGCUUCGCGUUUGCUGGAGUUGAGUACGGUACAGAGUGUUGGUGCGAUGAUGCCAUUCGAGGGGGGGCCUCAAGUGCUCCAGAAGACGACUGCAACAUGCUAUGUGGAGGUAACAACUCGGAACUCUGCGGCGGACCCAACCGUAUCAUUCUCUACAAGGGGGCAGUUGCUCCAAAGACACCCAGCGUUUUGCCCACAGGGUGGAAAUUCCAAGGCUGCUUGAAAGAUAACAUUGGCGGCCGAAGCCUCGGUGUUUAUGUCGGUGUGGAAGGUGGUUACACGAAUGUUGCCAAUUGCAUUGCGGCAUGCGCUGCAGCUGGCUACACCUUGGCUGGUGUUGAGUACGCGCAAGAAUGCUGGUGUGAUAACUCCAUCAAAUUUGGUGGCAUCCCUACCACUGACGGCUGCAACAUGCCCUGCAAAGGAAACACGGCGGAGAUGUGCGGUGGCCCCGAUCGACUCAAUCUCUACUCGCUUGCUUCACUGGACCUGGACUUCUCAACAACGUCGUCUUCAGCCAUUGUCAUUCCGUCUUCCAGUUCGACAACUACUUUGCCAACAUCUUCCGCCUCAAUGACGUCUGCCAUUGCGCUCUCCUCCUCCAUUUCAUCUAUUGGCACCACUCUGGUGACUCCAUCAACCACACUUAUUUCCGUUGCUUCUACGACGACAACCAUACCCACAUUUUCAACCACUUUGAGCGUUUCCACGCCUAGCUCAACAGCUAUCCCUCAAGUUUUUCUUUCAACAUCAUCCACUGCUCCUGCCCGCGCAGCAACGAGUGCUUGCACCAGGACAUCUCGUGCUUACGUCAAGAACGCUGGUUUCGAGAGUGGCCUUGCCAGCUGGGCUUUUAAGGUUACAUCCGGAGACGUUACGGCAGAAGUCAUCACUAACAACCAUCCAAUGGGCGGAUGUUCAACUCUCAUGUUGACACCCCGUUCCUCUCCAUCUGACGGCGUGCGCCGGGUUGUCCUCCGCCAGACACUUGCCGGUGUCAAUAUCACUGAACCAAGAGCAUUUGCCGGCUUCUUUGGUAGACUAACUAAAGCGACGAUUGAUGAUGGCGGUCCUCAAAUUACCGUCAGCUACGGCAGAGUGCGCAUUCACCAGUGGGAUGCUUGUGGAUCUUCUCAGAACAAAUGCAACCUCAACGCUCCUGGUACAUUGGGCUAUUACAGAAUCGUUACCAAGCUAUCGCUUAGUCUCGCCGCGGCGAAGAACACAGAUAUCGUGGUGGAAGUUGUUUGGAGUGAUACUAAUGGAAAGAAUAACCCAGUCCUCUUGGACGACAUCAUCCUCCUAUGA